UUCAAUGGGAAGCCAUGAUGGAAGUUUGAGAGUUUAACAGGCAGUGGAACAGUGAAGGAAAGGGACAGUACCGGAGGUCUUUCUUACGCCACAUUUAAAUAACAAGUUUUUAAUUUCUUGGUGGAGGCUGUCACAUUUCGUUUCGUGUGUUGGAACCUGGUCAUCGCGGAUUGUCGUAAAGUUCGAUGGCUUAAAUUUUCUAAGGAUGUGUAGACGAGCUAGCGCGUUAGCCUUUGAGGCUAGCGGCUAGACGGAGCGCGAGCUGAGUGCGAGCAGGGCUCUGACGACCGAACUUCAAGUGGAAGCACCGGAGAGGAUUUUCUCUCCGCCUUUCCGCUCAACCACGGCGGCUUCAGUGCGACCAGAGACUUGUCGUGCAUUAGAAAUUCCGCAGUUCCAGACGUGGGAAGUUGCUUAUCUUUUCACCCAGGGCUCCUCUGAGCCGAGGAGGGCAUUUUGGAAGCCGGGCCUGUGGUGGUUUGGAGCGAGGCCCUUGAUGAGUGAGCCACAGCAGACUCCAUUCUAGCUAGCAGGGGGACUGCGAAACGAGCAGAGCAUAAAGACGACCGACCGUCCGAAAGCAACAAUACUCUCUCUCACACUAAAAACCCUAAAGACUCCUGUCACAGCCAUGGCUGCGAUCAUAAAGGAAUUUGUCAGUAGAAACAAAAGGAGAUACCAAGAAGACGGGUUCGACUUGGACUUGACAUACAUUUAUCCUAACAUAAUAGCUAUGGGUUUCCCUGCUGAAAGACUGGAGGGUGUAUAUAGAAACAACAUAGAUGAUGUAGUGAGGUUUCUUGAUUCAAAGCAUAAAGAUCAUUACAAGAUAUAUAACCUAUGUGCAGAAAGACAUUACGAUACUGCCAAAUUUAACUGCAGAGUUGCACAGUAUCCAUUUGAGGAUCACAAUCCUCCUCAGCUAGAGCUUAUUAAACCUUUCUGUGAAGAUUUGGAUAAAUGGCUCAGUGAAAAUGACAAUCAUGUGGCUGCCAUUCACUGCAAAGCUGGAAAGGGAAGAACGGGUGUCAUGAUUUGUGCGUACUUGUUACACCGAGGCAAAUUCAAAAAAGCACAAGAGGCUCUGGACUUCUACGAUGAAGUUAGGACCAGAGACAAGAAGGGAGUGACUAUUCCCAGUCAGAGGCGAUAUGUGUACUACUAUAGCUACCUUCUGAGGAAUAAGCUGGAGUACAAACCUGUGGCCUUGCUCUUUCACAAGAUGGUAUUUGAGACAGUGCCUAUGUUCAGUGGAGGGACCUGCAGGGAUUCUGCUGUAAAAUUCAAGAGUGAGCAGAUUCCACAUGGGUUCAGAAAAACCAAUUGGCAUUGGGAUCCUCAGUUUGUGGUGUACCAGCUGAAGGUGAAAAUUCACACCUCAAACCCAGCGCACACAAGAAGAGAGGAGAAGUACAUGUUCUUCGAAUUUCCUCAACCACUGCCUGUAUGUGGGGACAUCAAGGUGGAGUUCUUCCACAAACAAAACAAGAUGAUGAAGAAGGAGAAAAUGUUCCACUUUUGGGUGAACACCUUUUUCAUCCCUGGGUCAGAGGAGAGCACAGAAAAAGUGGAAAAUGGAGGUUUAGUUAAGGAACUGGAUGGAAUACAAACUUCGGAAAGGGGAGAGAAUGAUAAAGACUAUCUGAUUCUGACUUUAACCAAGACUGAUUUGGAUAAAGCCAACAAAGAUAAAGCCAACAGAUACUUCUCUCCAAAUUUCAAGGUGAAAAUGUUCUUUACAAAAACAGUGGAGGAACCAUCCAACUCGGAGGCCAGCACUUCUACUUCUGUAACCCCGGAUGUUAGCGAUAAUGAACCGGACCAUUACCGGUAUUCGGACACAACAGACUCAGACCCUGAAAAUGAACAGUACGAUGAAGAACAGAUUACUAAAGUUUGAAAUAUUUUUAUGGGAAGAAAAAAAGAAACCAUACGUAACAGAGUUGUAUAAAGGAGAAAACUUGAAUAUGAACUGAAAGCAAGUUUUUUUUUUUUUUUUUUUUAACCCCCCCCCCCAUAAUUUCUUUAUUUAUUUUUUUUCUUUUUCCCGCCCACAUCACAAAAAUGCCACCAGUUUAAGGACAAAAAUGCUGACUUGUUUUGUUUUGGUUCAUUCUCCCCCUCCCUUUCCAUGAAGUAUCGACUCUGAUGUUCCUUGGGAAAAACAGCGUCAGUAGCUAUUAUGUAAAUACAUGUUCAUGGCGUAACACGAGAAAGAAAACCUAGUGAGGAUGGGAGAUUGUUUAUGGGAGAAAUCGAGUGAAGAUCGAAAUUUGCUGCUCCAUCAACCUGUUGAAACCAAGGCCAGUGCUUUAAUCAGCAUUCAUUCCCCAUGUCUGUUCUUCUCUAGUCUCUACCAACUGUGAAAGUCUCCUCAUGCUGCUGGAAGGCCACCAGUCGGGCACUGGAAAGUGUCAGUCGGGCACUGGAAACUGCGUCUCUCGCCUUUUUGUUUUUUGGUUUUAAGUCUGCUUUCGUCAUUAUUACCACUGCUAGAGUGGAGGUGAUAAUGCUUCUAAAUCCAUGACUUCAUUGCUCCACCGUGUAUUCUUAUUUUUUUAUGCAAAUAUACACACAACAGGGAAACCCGUGUUGCAAUAAUGUUGAUCGUGUGCAUGUUAUUGGAAUCCGUUUCCAUGUUGUUCAAUAAAUAGUAUACAUUGUUUUUCCUAAAAGAGGUUUCUAAAGUCUUUUACAAUUCGAUAGAGUUUGGGAAGAAAACUAAUUGGCGUCACUUUUUCUUCUGCAGAUGGGAUUUUAAUCUCUAAACAACCCCUGAGUGGCUCUUCAUGUUUUUUUAAUUCCCGUUCCCUCUUUAAACUUUAAAAAUGUUCAUGGUUUGAGCUCUAAAUAGUGUCAUAACAUCAUAAAAGGAUUAUUUUGUUGUAUACGGAUCAAUUCGAGGGCUCCACAUGGCCGCGGUUCACAGGUCAGAUCGGGUGUACAGCAUCUUCAUGCAUGUAAACAUGGAGAAAAGCCCUUUUCUGAAUGUAUCAACCUUGGAUGCAAGUUUCAAUUUGAUUUCAACGUCAUUCACAUGUUUUUUCCUUUCUUCCUGGCUGUGUUAGACAUUCGAUCUUUGGCUCCCUAUAACAUGUUUGUAGCCUUAUUGUGCAUGAUCUAAUCAAAUCUGGAUCAUUUGUCCAGCAAUGGUGCUUGCAAACUCAUGAUGUAGAGAACAGUCAAACAUCCUUAUGGUUCCAAGCGUUCAAUCGUGCUGCAAUGAGCGUCCUUACUGUUGGAAGCAGUUAAACCAACAAUUCGGUGUCUAUCUCUCGCUGGAGUUCAUUUUUAUUUCCCCUUAUUGUUCUUGAACAGUCUUCGUUCCCUUUGGGAUGAGCAUAGUGCAGCUACGGAUUUUACACAAGUCUUGUGCUUGCUUCAGAAAUAUUAAAGCCCUAUAUAUGAGAAUAUUUAAAUGUAUAAUUUUCUUUUAAGCAUGCCAAAUCUUUUUUAACACCUGGCUUACGUGGUCAGACCAAAAAACAAAAAUACAAAAAAAAAAAAAAACUCAGUUUCUUGGGCAAGAAUCUUCACUGAGGGUAGUGAGUAAGCUGCCUUUCUCGUACUGUUAACAUUCAGGCUUCAAUCUGUUCACCAGCCCACUGCACGCACCGUACAUCUCGCCUUCCUUUCGAGAAAACGAACUCGUUUCCCUGACAUGAGGAGGAGACUCAGCCUUCCUUCUUGAGAUUGUACACUAACCAAUCCAGGAACAAAAGCAAGCCUAUUAUAGAUUCUCAUGUUUUGUUUACAUUUUAUCACAUCACUGAAAACCUGCCAAAAUUAAGCUUGAUUUAGAUUUUUUUUUUGUUUUACUUUGUGUUGGGAGCAGGAGGCAGGGCCCACGGGAGGUAUUUUUUGCCUUACUUGAAGUUGACAAUGCUUACUCUUCUACUGCUUUCAUACCUACCAUUCUGCCCAAGCACUGACUUAUUUAAAGCUACUAUAAUAGAGCAACAUAUUGUACUAGACAUUUGCACUGUUACAGGUCUUUGCAGGGUUUCAGUCAGUGGUCCACAGUAUUUUUUUUUCUUUUAUUUGUUUUACAGCAAUCAAUGUAGGAGAAUAUAGGUAAAAUGAAAAUACAUUAAUAUUAUCUGUGCAUCCUAAUAGAAUCGAAUAUGUUUUUAUAGACUGAAAUUUUUUUGUUUGUUUAAAAAAAAAAAUUUAAAAAAAGUAUAAAAAAAAAAGAAUAAAGCGACUAUUUAUAAAAGUAUUCGUUCACAUUCUGGCCCCCUGCAACUCCUCCUAAACGUACGAUGAUUUCUUUUUGGAUGCUUAGUGGUUUAAUGCGUGAUUAUAUUUAAAGGGAUCGUUCACCCAAAAUGUUAUUUACUCACCUUUAUGUUAUCUUAACCUGAUAUUUAAACCAUUUUAUCAAUAGCGUCCAAAAAUGCACUUUAUUUUUGGACCCUAUUGACUUUAUUCUACUUUUGUUUGCCAUUUAACACUCGUGAAUGACGUGAAGGUGAGUAAUUGACCGAAUGUUCUUUUUUUAACCCCCAAACAAUUGACAAUUUAGCCACAGUACCUUUAAACGCAGACCCUCAGACAUCCCGUCUGUGGCAUGGGUGUGUGUAGCUCACAGGCAGCAUGAAAAAUAAAUUUUCAGCUUUAAUGAAAAACAAAACGUCUUCAAAGGUGCCAGUGUAUAUGUCUCACGUCACUCUUUCUUAGCUGAUUUGUGCAAUAUGUUGUUUAUGAUGCCUGUGGUUGCCACAAAGUGCCUCUCGUUUACAGUUGAAGAGAAAGUACUGGCUUUAAAAGCUGUCGCAGGACGUCAUGUCACACGUGCGGAUGGAUGGGGUGGUACUGUGCACUAAAUCGUCCAGCUAGACUUGAAACAGGGGGGGCCCUUUGGACUUCAGCCAUGCUCCAUUAGAAACCAUUCUCUUCCCCAGAGGGUUUUCUUUUCUUUUACGUUCAUAUAAUAUAUACACAGUAUAUCUUUGGUCUCUUAAGAAAACAGCCUUACUCCGUUUCAGCCUGUUCAGAUACUAUUGUGCUGUGCAACAGUUGCUCUGUGUGUAAUGCCUAUGCACUGAGAAUACACAAACCAAUCAUGUAUGAAAUAUUGUACAGGUAAUCAUGUUGCUCAUACAAAUCACAUGUUUGUUUGUAACUGUAUGUGUAAACUGCCCUUUAUCUUAGUGUUAUAAACUCCACAUAAAAUCCAAUAAAGUCUCAUUCUUGUCAGUGUUUGACAGCA